AUGGAGCUUUACGAUAACUACAAGAAGGCGGUGGUGGGGAGUGGGAAGCCUGGGGCCACCGAGGACUUUGUUGCCAAGGUCAUGGCCACGGUGUGUGAGCGAGUGUUGAUGCAGGUCCAGCAGCCCUUUGUCUUCCAGUCCACACACAAGCUCAUCCUGGAGCCGUACAACUACUACCUCUUUGGCCAGCGAUACAUCCGGGGGCUAGUCGACUUUGACAAGUCUCGUUUGGGCCAUGCCGAGCGCUUCGCCACCAUCCAAGAACAGCUGGACCGAGGGGAGAAUGUCGUGCUGCUGGCCAACCACCAGACGGAGGCCGACCCGGCGGUCUUUGCCCUCCUACUGGAGGCGCAGUUCCCCAGGCUGGCCACCGACGUCAUCUACGUGGCGGGGGACCGGGUGGUUACCGACCCGGUCUGCGUCCCCUUCUCCAUGGGACGCAACCUGUUCUGCGUGCACUCCAAGAAACACCUGGACGACGUCCCGGAGCUCAGAGCCGACAAGGCCGCCAUGAACCGGCGCACGCUCAAGGACAUGCAGGCGGCGCUGAAUCGCGGCGGCCAGCUGCUGUGGAUCGCGCCCUCCGGGGGCCGUGACCGCACCAUCUCCCCCGAGAACGGCGAGACCGUCCCGGACGCGUUUGACCCGGCGGCGGUGGAGCUGAUGCGGGCACUGACGACGCGUGCCAAGCCGGUGGGCCACCUAUAUCCCUUUGCCAUGUACUCGUACAAGGUGAUGCCGCCCCCCACCUCCAUAGAGAAGACCAUCGGCGAGCAGCGGGUGGUCAACCAUGCGGGCGUAGGUAUCUCAGUCGGGCCCGAGCUGGAUGUGGACAGCCUGUUGGCCGCCGUCCCGGCGGAUGACAAGGCCGCGCGGCAGGCGGCGCUCUCCUCUGCGGCUUUCGACGGCGUUACCACCGAGUACACCGCCCUGUGGCAUGCUGUGCACGCUGCGCCCGAGGACGUGGCGCCCGAGUACACCCAGCCGUGGAAGGCUGAGCCGGCUAGGCCGCUGGUAGACUACCUGUGA